CUUUGAUGUCCACUAUAUGGCUGUCCACCCUCGACAUAAAUAGUUGAUUUGUCGCCCUAUGGAUCGACCACACUUGAUACCUAUCCAUUCUCUCGCCGUUCAUCUCACAAGACCCUUUCUUCAAAAUGCAUGGACUUCUCUCCAUCGGGACGGCCCUUGCCGUUAUGGCCCAGGGCACAAGUGCUGCCACCAGUGCCAUCGCCUCUUGGUACGGAGGCAACCUGAACGGAGGCAACUGCGCCUUGACAGGUUACACUUUGCCAUCUGGUGUACUGGGCACUGCUCUAUCGUACACCAACUACAACGGUAACUGUGGCACAUGCCUCAACGUCAAGGGACCUAAGGGAAACACCAUCAAGGUUAUGGUUGUCGACAAGUGCCCCGAGGGGUGUGGAGCCGGCCAGCUCGAUCUGUUCCCCAACGUGUUCGCCGCACUUGACAACCCGGACAAGGGUCUGAUCAACGUCCAGUGGGAACAAGUUCCGUGCGGCAUCACCUCUCCCCUGGUCGUCCGCAACAAGGAGGGAACCUCAAAAUGGUGGUUCUCCAUGCAAGUCAUGAACCACAACUACCCAGUCACCAAGUUCGAGGUCAGUACCGACGGAGGCAAGAGCUGGCAGCCCACUGUCCGUCAGGACUACAACUACUGGCAGAGGAGCAGUGGUGAUGGUUUCAACGUGGACACCGUGACCGUCCGGGUUACAUGUUCCAAUGGCAAGCAGGUCACCGUGAACAACAUUGGGACCAAAGAGAAAGCUCAGUUUACUGCUUCUGGAAACUGCUGAAAAGACAUACGUUGGCAAUUUUGAGAUCUUGUCAUGAUUCAUAAGUCAGUGUCAGUUGGAACAAGUCGUAUUGUUCCGGGCACCGGCAUGAAAGGUUGAACGAAAGGAUUGGGUAUUGUACAUACUUCUCAGCUUCUUGAACAUAUUUAGACGUCGCGCCUCACUUUUGGCUGCAGUACGAACAUUCCAAGUCCUCCACGAUCGGA